AUGUCGCUACUCUUGGUACUACUAAUGUCUUUAAGAGUCUCGAGUACAGCCCACACGGCGCUGAACUCGACCCAGAUUACUGAAAACGUACGAGAGUGUAGGACUCCAGGUGGUGAAGGUGAGCGUGCUCCUAGAGCCUCGGGAGAGUGUAGGACUCCUGGUGGUGAAGGUGAACGUGCUCCUGAGCCUUGGGAGAGUGUAGGACUCCUGGUGGUGAAGGUGAGCGUGCACCUAGAGCCUCGGGAGAGUGUAGGACUCCAGGUGGUGAAGGUGAGCGUGCUCCUAGAGCCUCGGGAGAGUGUAGGACUCCAGGUGGUGAAGGUGAGCGUGCUCCUAGAGCCUCGGGAGAGUGUAGGACUCCUGGUGGUGAAGGUGAGCGUGCUCCUAGAGCCUCGGGAGAGUGUAGGACUCCUGGUGGUGAAGGUGGUGAAGGUGAGCGUGCUCCUAGAGCCUCGGGAGAGUGUAGGACUCCAGGUGGUGAAGGUGAGCGUGCUCCUAGAGCCUCGGGAGAGUGUAGGACUCCAGGUGGUGAAGGUGAGCGUGCUCCUAGAGCCUCGGGAGAGUGUAGGACUCCUGGUGGUGAAGGUGAGCGUGCUCCUAGAGCCUCGGGAGAGUGUAGGACUCCAGGUGGUGAAGAAGCAGUCCACGCCGCCGCCACCGCCGUCGCCGCCACCUCUACCCCGCGCCAUCCCAUAUCUUACUGCCCUCGCUGCCAAAGAUCCUGCCACCUAUCCCUCCAUCCUACAAAGGAAUUCUGUGGUAAAGACUACUCAAGUCGCCUGCGACACGGAGCCACCACCAGUCACCUGCGACACGGAGCCACCACCAGUCGCCUGCGACACGGAGCCACCACCAGUCGCCUGCGACACGGAGCCACCACCAGUCGCCUGCGACACGGAGCCACCACCAGUCGCCUGCGACACGGAGCCACCACCAGUCGCCUGCGACACGGAGCCACCACCAGUCGCCUGCGACACGGAGCCACCACCAGUCGCCUGCGACACGGAGCCACCACCAGUCGCCUGCGACACGGAGCCACCACCAGUCGCCUGCGACACGGAGCCACCGCCAGUCGCCUGCGACACGGAGCCACCGCCAGUCGCCUGCGACACGGAGCCACCACCAGUCGCCUGCGACACGGAGCCACCACCAGUCGCCUGCGACACGGAGCCACCACCAGUCGCCUGCGACACGGAGCCACCGCCAGUCGCCUGCGACACGGAGCCACCGCCAGUCGCCUGCGACACGGAGCCACCACCAGUCGCCUGCGACACGGAGCCACCGCCAGUCGCCUGCGACACGGAGCCACCGCCAGUCGCCUGCGACACGGAGCCACCGCCAGUCGCCUGCGACACGGAGCCACCACCAGUCGCCUGCGACACGGAGCCACCGCCAGUCGCCUGCGACACGGAGCCACCGCCAGGCGAACAAUACACACUCACCACAGUUUUAUGCUUCCAUGACCUAGAAUAG